GCCAUUCCCGGCGAGGCCGCUCCCGGCAGCCCCCGCGCACAAGAUGGCGGCGCGGGGCGGCGGGCGGUGAGAGGGGGCGCGGCCCCGGGCAGACAUGACCUACACGGCCGAGCAGCUGGACGGGGUGCGGCGGAUCAAGCGGUGCCGGGACUACUACGAGAUCCUGGGCGUGAGCCGGGACGCCGGCGAGGAGGAGCUGAAGCGCGCGUACCGCCGGCUCGCCCUCAAGUUCCACCCCGACAAGAACCGCGCGCCCGGGGCCACCGAGGCCUUCAAAGCAAUAGGCAAUGCUUUUGCAGUUCUGAGCAACCCUGAGAAGCGACUGCGAUACGAUGAACUGGGGAGCGACCAAGAGCACGUCAGCACUGGCCAGGCCAGGCACUACAAUUACUACACAGAGUUUGAAGCAGACAUUACACCAGAAGAAAUAUUCAAUGUGUUUUUUGGUGGGCAUUUUCCUACAGGAAAUAUCCACAUGUUCUCAAAUGUAGCCAGAGAUGCACAUUAUUACCCACGGAGGCACCGGACUGAAAGGGCAUGGACACAGGAGCAGGAGGAGGAAGACAACAGGCCACAGAAUUCCUAUUCUGCAUUUAUCCAGUUGAUGCCAGUUUUCAUCAUCAUAGUAGUGUCAGUGAUAACUCAGCUGAUGGCCACCAACCCUCCCUACAGCUUAUUCUACAAGUCGUCCAUCGGCCACGUCAUUAUCAGAGAAACAGAGAACUUGCAGGUGCCUUACUAUGUCGAUAGGAACUUUGAGAAGAAUUAUCAAGGAGCAGAACUCCAAGAGCUCGAGAAGACAGUUGAAAAGGAUUACAUAGACUAUAUUCAGACCAGCUGCUGGAAGGAGAAACAGCAAAAGUCUGACUUGUCCAAUUUGGCCAAGCUCUACAGAGAUGAGAGGUUAAAACAGAAAGCAGAAUCCCUGAAACUUGAGCACUGUGAGAAGCUCUCCAGUCUGAUUGGGAUGCACAAAGGGGGCUGAGCAGAAUGCACACGUUCCGUAGUUUUAUUUAUUGCUGUUUUAAGUUAUGUUUUUAUUUUCCUUCAUAUAAAAAGGGAAGGAGUCUAUUGUAAGGAGUGGAUAUUGGAGUCCUUCUGCAUGUAGUGCAGAGAAGGGCCAGCACGAGCUGCAGAGCUGCUGUUUGCUGUAAUAUAUCCUGUACAUUAGAUUCGGUUCCAAGGACCAGUGGCACUUUGUACAUUCAUUCCAGGGAGAUUCUCUUAGUUUGGAACCCCUCUGAAUCCAAGCUGCGUGUGCUUCCCCGGAGAGCACGCACGUGCCUCGGCUUUCCAUGUUUUCUGUGGAGCUGCAGUGCAGUGGAUCCCAUGGACAGUGCUGUGCUCAGUGCUGGUGUCAGCUCCCCUUCCCAUUCAGCACCGAGGCUGUCCCUGCCUCCACAGCGCUGUGAAGGAAUGUUGGGCUGAUUCCAGUGUCCUGUGCAGUGCUGGGGGCACCAGGGACAGGUACCUGCCCCAGGUGAGCACCUGAGCACACUCCCAGCCCUCCCUCUGGCCAAGGGACUGUACCCUGUGCUGCUCCACGGGAGGGCCGUGCCCAUCCUGCUCCGUGUGACACCAGCACGACCGAGAAGAUGGGAGUGUGAACUGCACCAAUCCAGUGGCUGCAAAACUGUAAGCAAAGGACAACCAUGUUGAUUUUCUCAUCUGUUUUCAGUGGCAUAUUUUGAAGCUGGCUGUUACAUUCUGACUUGGAUCUGCACACUCUUCUCCAGCUGCUCCAGGGGCCCUGCUUUUCCCGGUACAGUUCUCAUGUAGCAUAUUUUUACUCUGCUGAGCAGUUAUGAAUGUUUCACUGUAGCCAUCAGUACUGCAAAGAAAAAGACCCAUGUGGUAGUGUC